ACCUGAGCUGAUUAUCAGUAGGGAUUUAGUAGAUAGAAUGGGAAUUUGUCAGUUGAGAGUAGUGAUAGCUGGGGGGCUCAGCUAGGUGAGGGGGAGAGAAACUGGGGACAGGUAAGUGCUGUGGGAAGAGACAGAAUUUGUGAAGAAGAAAUUGAAGAGGGAGAAAAAUAAAGAAAGGCAAAAGAGGAGUAAGUAUAAGAGAAAGAGGAAGGAUCCAGAAAGGAAGAAGAGUUUAGGAAACUGUGAGAAUAGUGGAAGGGGAAGUACUAAGAUUUAUUAGAGGGAAUACAUGAAGACACUAUAGAGAUCAGGUAUAUUAUAUUAUAUACCUAGUAUACAGCUAUUGGGAAUAAGGACCCUGGAGGCUCAGAGUGAGAUCUGGGGAGAGGGAGGCUCAGAGGAAACAGACACUUGUUGGAGAGAAGAAGCAAAACAUCAGUCUGUGAGGGAGAACCUGAGAGACCUGAGUGAGGAGAGGCAGCUGCAACAGGUUCUAAUAUAGAGAGACCUGAGAGGAUCGGCAGAAGAUACUGAGAGGGCUGCAGCAUAGAAAGGGACAGGGGAAGCUGAGACAGAAUAAGGAAAGUGACAAAAAAGAGUUAGUGGGGACCCGGGAGGAUACAGAGACCGGUGCCAGGUGAGAGAGCUGGCAUCACCAGGGACUUCUGAGUGACAAAGCAAGACACAGAUCUACAAGCUCUGCCGGAUAAAGGAAUCAGCCCGGUUACCCCAGGAGCCCAGAUGGCGUCAGCCACAGAUUCCAGAUAUGGACACAGAGAUGUUUCUGACCAGAACUUUGACUAUAUGUUUAAACUUCUGAUCAUUGGGAACAGCAGUGUGGGCAAGACCUCGUUCCUCUUCCGAUACGCCGAUGACACUUUCACGUCAGCCUUUGUCAGCACUGUAGGAAUAGACUUCAAAGUCAAGACGGUUUAUCGUAAUGAGAAGCGGGUGAAACUGCAGAUCUGGGACACAGCUGGACAAGAGAGGUACCGAACCAUCACCACAGCUUAUUACCGCGGGGCGAUGGGCUUUAUUCUUAUGUAUGAUAUCACUAACGAGGAGUCGUACAACGCUGUGCAGGACUGGGCCACCCAGAUUAAGACAUAUUCCUGGGACAACGCACAGGUCAUUCUGGUGGGAAAUAAAUGUGACCUUGAAGAUGAGCGAGUCGUUGCACCGGAGAUGGGAAAGCAACUUGCUGAUCAGCUGGGUUUUGAGUUUUUUGAAGCCAGCGCCAAAGAGAAUAUACAAGUCAAGCAAGUGCUUGAGCGUUUAGUGGAUAUCAUCUGCGUCAAGAUGUCAGAAACCCUAGAUACAGAGAACAUGGCAGGAGCUGGUGGCAAAAAUAUCCGUUUCACUGACUCUGUGCCGCCCUUACAGCCCAAAUGUUCCUGCUGACCCCCUGAUACUACUGGAGAUCACUUGGCGCCAAAUCAUAUCCAGCCCAAGCUGUCUGCUGGGGACAUGUGUGGUUGUAUCAUGGAACCUACGAUGUGCAGGGGGGUGAUUAUUUGUGUGACAAUGACACAGGACAAGUCGGCAUCUGAAAUCAUGUUUUGUCUCUUCAGUCUUUGUAUAUAAAUCUGUGUUCAGUUUAAAAAGCUGUAUGUGACCCUAGAGAUGUACAUUUAUAUAUAUUAGUAAAUCCAUAUACUGUCAUGUGAAGUUUACAAACAAUAAAGUUCCGUUUCUUAGGUA